ACAUUCCUCUACUCACUUCCGCGUUGCUGCUGUUGUCUCAUUUUUAUUUUUGCAAUGUGUGUGUAUGUGUUAUGAAUUUUUGUUUCUGCUCUGGACUGAGCUCAGAGAGAGUGUGUGAGUAAGUAAGUAUAAUUGUGUGUGGGAGAGAGUUUAAAGAGAGAGAGCCAAGUCCGACUGCAGCUGUCUUGUUCUCUGCUCUGUCCAGCCGUGGGGCUGGGAUCACAGUCCUCCAGCGUCCCUCUCUCUUCGACCCCUGGACUGGCCUCAGUAAGAUGAGAUAAUGGAGAAACUGUCCAGCUUCCUGCACAUUGGGGAUGUCGUGUCCCUAUAUGCCGAAGGGACUGUCAAUGGUUUCAUCAGCACACUGGGAUUAGUGGACGACAGAUGUGUGGUUCAGCCAGAAGCUGGAGAUCUGGCCAAUCCGCCAAAGAAAUUCCGAGACUGCCUUUUCAAAGUGUGCCCCAUGAACCGGUACUCCGCGCAGAAACAGUUCUGGAAAGCAAAGCAGUCGAAACAAGGCAAUACCGAAGCUGCACUGUUGGGAAAGUUACAGCAAGCAGCAGAACUGGAGCAGAAACAGAAUGAGAUAGAGAACAGGAAGCUGCUCGGGGAGGUGGUGAAGUAUAGCAAUGUUGUUCAGUUACUGCACAUAAAAAGCAACAAGUACCUCACGGUCAACAAGAGGUUACCAGCCCUCCUGGAAAAAAACGCAAUGCGAGUCUCCUUGGACAUUUCUGGCAAUGAGGGCUCCUGGUUCUACAUUCAGCCUUUUUGGAAACUGAGGAGUGAAGGUGAUAAUGUGGUUGUGGGAGAUAAAGUGGUUUUAAAUCCAGUCAAUGCUGGCCAGCCGCUGCAUGCCAGCAAUCAGGAAUUACUGGAUAACCCUGGCUGCAAGGAGGUGAAUGCAUUGAACUGCAACACAAGUUGGAAGAUUGCUCUGUUCAUGAAACAUAGUGAUUAUCGGGACGAUGCUCUUAAAGGGGGUGAUGUGGUGAGGCUGUUCCAUGCGGAACAGGAGAAGUUCCUCACCUGUGAUGAGUACAAGAAACAGCAACACAUCUUCUUGAGGACCACCCUGAGGCAGUCAGCUACCUCUGCAACCAGCUCCAAAGCACUGUGGGAGAUUGAGGUGGUGCACCAUGACCCAUGUCGGAGUGGAGCUGGACACUGGAACAGCCUGUUUAGGUUCAAGCAUUUAGCCACGGGGAAUUACUUGGCUGCAGAGGUGAAUCCGGACUAUCAGAACAAUCAACUGGAGUCAAAGGGAGUGAGUGACGGGGACGUGUUGCCAGCUAAAACCAAACGCCAGUUAGUGGAGAAGAUCAUGUACACACUGGUGUCGGUGCCUCACGGAAAUGAUAUUGCAUCACUCUUUGAACUCGAUACCACCACCCUCCAGAGAGCCGACUCCCUGGUCCCCAGGAACUCCUAUGUGAGGUUGAGACAUCUCUGCACGAAUACCUGGGUCACCAGCAGUAACAUCCCUAUCGACAUCGAUGAGGAACGGCCAGUCAUGUUGAAGAUCGGAACGUGCCCGACCAAGGAAGACAAGGAAGCGUUUGCGAUAGUCUCCGUGCCCCUCUCGGAAGUCCGAGACUUGGACUUUGCCAACGAUGCCAGCAAGGUGCUGUUUGCCACGGUCCAGAGGUUGGAGGACGGCACCAUUACUCAGAACGAAAGAAGGUUUGUGACAAAGCUGUUGGAAGAUUUGGUUUUCUUUGUCGCUCAUGUUCCUUGCAAUGGUCAAGAUGUCUUGGAUGUGGUUAUCACGAAACCAAAUCGGGAGAGACAGAAGUUAAUGAGGGAACAGAAUAUCUUGAAACAGAUCUUUGGGAUUUUGAAGGUCCCUUUCAUAGACAAAGGGGAAGGGCCAAUGUUGAGACUGGAAGACCUGGGAGAUCAGAGAUACGCUCCGUAUCGGUACAUAUUACGGCUCUGUUACAGAGUGCUUCGGCACUCUCAGCAGGAUUAUAGGAAGAAUCAGGAGUACAUUGCAAAGAUGUUUGGCAUCAUGCAGUCCCAGAUUGGAUAUGAUGUGUUAGCAGAGGACACCAUCACAGCCUUGCUUCACAACAACAGGAAGCUGCUGGAGAAGCACAUCACGGCGAAGGAGAUUGAAACUUUUGUCAACCUGCUGCGAAGGAACAGAGAGCCCAGGUUCUUGGAUUACUUGUCAGACCUUUGCGUGUCCAACAACAUUGCUAUCCCAGUCACUCAGGAACUGAUCUGCAAAUUCAUGUUGAAUGCUUCCAACGCUGACAUCCUCAUUCAAACCAAGCUGUUAUCAAACCGUGGGGAUUUGAGUAUUGAAAACUCCUUGCUUGAAGAUGAUGUUGAUGAGGAUGAGGUUUGGUUGUACUGGAUCGAUGGUGACAAGGAGCCUCACGGCAAAUCUAUACGGCAGCUGGCUCAGGAAGCAAAGGAGGGAAACAAGGAGGAUCAGGACGUGUUAACCUACUACAGGUACCAGCUGAACCUUUUUGCGCGAAUGUGCCUGGAUCGUCAGUAUCUCGCCAUCGACCAGAUCUCGACGCAGCUGGGAGUGGAUCUCAUCCUGCGCUGUAUGUCAGACGAGAGUCUCCCGUACGAUCUGCGGGCCUCUUUCUGCCGGCUGAUGCUGCACAUGCAUGUGGACCGCGACCCGCAGGAAUUGGUCACCCCGGUGAAAUACGCCAGGCUGUGGACCGAAAUCCCAACCAAGAUUACAAUUCAUGAGUACGACUCAGUGACAGACACCUCCCGUGAUGAUAAAAAAAACAAGUUUGCUCUUACCGUGGAUUUUGUGGAGGAGUACCUUAAGGAUGUCGUGACUCAGCCAUUCCCGUUCGGAGACAAGGAAAAGAACAAGCUCACUUUUGUGGUGGUGAAUUUAGCCCGGAACUUAAUCUACUUUGGGUUCUACAGCUUCAGGGAGCUUCUGAGGCUAACACGCACACUCCUGGCCAUCCUGGACUGUGUCCAGAAUCCUACGCCUUCAUACUUGGAAAGACUCAGCAAGUUUCAGGAUGGAGGGAACAACGUGAUGCGAACGAUCCACGGAGUGGGCGAGAUGGUGACUCAGAUGGUGCUGAGCCGAGGUUCCCUCCUGCCUGGGGUUCUGCCGGACAAUGCCGACGGCCAGGUCCACAGCGCUCCCGGGAAACAGCCGCACGCCAUGGACACCGAGGAUGUGACCGUCAUGGAUACCAAGCUGAAGAUCAUCGAGAUCCUGCAGUUCAUCCUCAGCGUCAGGCUGGACUAUCGCAUCUCCUACAUGCUGUCGAUCUACAAGAAAGAGUUUGGGGAGAACAAUUCCGUUGACUCCUCAGCGGGCUUAUUGACAGAAACCACAGUCCCAGACCUUGAGGGAAUUGGUGAGCAGGCUGAGACGAUGUUUGCAGGAAGCCAAGAGAAAAACCCAGUGGAGCUGGAUGACGAAGGAGGGAGAACGUUUCUGCGAGUGCUCAUACACCUGAUUAAACACGAUUAUCCCCCACUUGUGUCUGGUGCCUUACAGCUCCUCUUCAAACACUUCAGUCAGAGAGCAGAGCUCCUUCAGGCCUUCAAACAGGUGCAGUUGUUGGUUUCAUCUCAGGAUGUGGACAAUUACAAGCAAAUUAAAGCAGAUCUGGACUUGUUGCGGUUAACGGUGGAAAAAUCCGAACUGUGGGUGGAAAAGAGAGGAAGCUACGGCAGUAGUGAGACCCAGACUGAAGGAGCAGACGAUGUGAAAUCUGAGGAUCCCGGAAUUCUGAGCCCUGUGCAAGACGGCAACAAGAAACCGCAAAUUGACAUCAUCAGCAGCAAUAACUACCGGGUUGUGAGAGAGAUCUUGAUCCGGCUCAGUAAACUGUGUGUGCAGAGCAUGAGGCGGGGCAGGAGUCAACAGCAGCGUUUACUGAAGAACAUGGGAGCCCACACUGCGGUGUUAGAUCUUCUGCAAAUUCCAUACGAUAAGAUGGACAACAAAAUGAAUGAAAUCAUGACCUUGGCCCAUGGCUUUGUACAGAAUUUCUGUGCAGGCAAUCCACAGAAUCAGGUCCUGCUGCAUAAACAUCUGAGCUUGUUUCUUACACCUGGUCUGUUGGAGGCAGAAACCGUGCAACACAUUUUUCUGAACAACUAUCACCUCUGCAACGAAAUCAGCGAGAGGGUGGUCCAGCACUUUGUGCACUGCAUCGAGACGCAUGGUCGACACGUUCUGUAUUUGAAGUUCUUGCAGACCAUUGUUAAAGCAGAUGGAAAGUAUGUGAAGAAAUGUCAAGAUAUGGUCAUGACUGAGCUGGCCAAUGGGGGAGAGGACGUGUUGGUGUUUUACAACGAUCGUGCAUCGUUCCCUCACCUUCUGCAAAUGAUGGCGUCAGAACACGACCGGAGCGACGAAAAUGGAGCCCUGAACUACCACAUCACCCUGGUCGAGCUGCUCGCUGCCUGCACCGAGGGCAAGAAUGUGUACACGGAAAUUAAGUGCAAUUCCCUGCUCCCCUUGGAUGAUAUUGUGAGGGUGGUAACCCACGAGGACUGCAUCCCCGAGGUGAAAAGAGCCUACGUUAAUUUUGUGAAUCAUUGUUACGUGGAUACAGAAGUGGAGAUGAAAGAGAUUUACACCAGUAACCACAUUUGGAAACUCUUUGAGAAUUUUGUGGUCGAUAUGGUUCGGGUUUGCAACACCACAACAGACAGGAAACAUGCCGAUACUGCGUUGGAGAGAUAUGUGACAGAUACAGUCAUGAGUAUCAUCAGUGGUUUCUUCAGUUCCCCGUUCUCUGAUAACAGCACAAGUCUACAAACCCACCAGCCAAUAUUUAUUCAACUGCUGCAGUCUGCCUUUCGAAUUUACAACUGCACUUGGCCGACUCCAUCGCAGAAGUCUUCAGUGGAGUCUUGUAUUAAGACCUUGGCUGAAGUUGCUAAGAGCCGAGCGAUAGCGAUCCCUGUCGACUUGGACAGCCAAGUGAACACACUGUUUUUGAAGACCCACUCCAACAUGGUACAGAAGGCCGCCAUUGGUUGGCGAAUGUCUGCCCGCAGUGCGCCACGCUACAAAGACCCAAUCGGUGGAUCGCCCUUGGACUACAGGAAUAUUAUAGAGAAGUUACAGGAUAUAGUGUCCACCCUUGAGCAACAGUUCCAGCCCAUGGUGCAAGCUGAGUUUUCAUUGCUGGUUGAUGUCCUGCACCAUCCAGAGCUGCUUUUCCCAGAUGGAAGUGACGCUCAACUGGGAUGCGAAAGUGGAGACUUCAUGAGCAAACUGAUUAAUCAUUCCAAAAAGCUGAUGGAUAAAGAGGAGAAACUAUGCAUUAAAAUUCUUCAAACUUUGAGAGAAAUGCUCAAUCGGAAGGAUGACUUCGGAGAAAAGGGCACAGUUUUAAGAAAGAUCCUUCUGAAUCGCUACUUUGGGAACCUUCGGAGUGCCUAUAAAGGAGAUGGACACAGCGGCAGCAUUAAUCCCCCAUUAACAGCAGUUUACUCCAAGUCUACGCAGCCUGGAGGUGGCAGCUCAUUAGAUUCGGACAAGUGUAGGACCUCUGUGUUUGAGAUCCAGUGUCACCUUGACCAAGCUGGGGCCUCGGAGUUGGUCACUGACCUCAUCACCAACACCAAGAACUCCAGCAUCUUCGAAGAGAGCAUCAUGCUGGGCAUCGCAUUGCUCGAAGGAGGGAACACCCAGAUCCAGUUUUCAUUCCACCGGCAACUCAACAUGCUAAAGAAGUCAGAGAAGUUCUUCAAAGUUUUGUACGAUCGCAUGAAACUGGCCCAACAGGAAAUAAGGGCAACCGUCUGUGUUAACACCAAUGACCUGAGCUGUAAGAAGAGGGAGGACGAUUAUGAUGUUGUGACACCCAUCAACAGGAGAAGAGUGAAGGAUCCAUCAUACCACCUUAAGGAGGGAGUGAAAGGCCAGUUGGCAGAGGCCUCAGUUGCCACGUACAAAGCCUACUAUAUGUACAGAAGGGAGAUGGAUCCCGAGGCUGAUCUUCUGCCUGUAGGGAGUGAGGGCGUUGUGUCGGAGGAGAAGUCUAGCGAGGAAGAGGUCAUGAGCCCUGCGAUCGCUAUCAUGGAGCCUAUUCUCCGGUUCCUGCAGCUGCUCUGUGAGAACCAUAACACAGAACUACAGAAUUUUCUCCGGCACCAAAACAACAAAACCAAUUACAACUUGGUGUGUGAAACGCUGCAGUUUCUGGACUGUAUCUGUGGCAGCACCACAGGAGGACUUGGCUUGCUGGGGCUCUACAUUAAUGAGAAAAACGUCUCACUUGUGAACCAGACUUUGGAGACACUGACCGAGUAUUGCCAAGGACCAUGCCACGAGAAUCAGACUUGCAUCACCACCCAUGAAUGUAAUGGAAUUGAUAUCAUUAUUGCACUGAUCCUCAAUGACAUUAACCCUCUCAGCAAGUACCGAAUUGACCUUGUCUUACAGCUGAAGAACAAUGCUUCUAAACUUUUACUUGCCAUCAUGGAAAGCAGACACGACAGUGAAAAUGCAGAAAGAAUUCUCUAUAAUAUGCGACCAAAAGAACUGGUUGAUGUUAUAAAGAAUGCUUACAAUCAAGGUGAGGAGGUUGAUAAUGGCGAGACUUCAGAGGACUGUAUCUCACCAAAGGAUGUUGGCCAUAAUAUUUAUAUUUUAGCUCAUCAGCUUUCACAGCACAACAAGCUGCUACAACAGGAACUGAAGCUAUGUUCUAAGCCACAGGACAAAGGCAGUGAAUCCUUAACAUAUUACGCGAAUCACACCGCACAGAUUGAGAUAGUGCGACAUGACCGGACCAUGGAGAAGAUAGUCUUCCCUGUGCCCAGUAUCUGUGAAUAUCUCACAGACGAGUCCAAGACUAAGGUGUUUAACACCACGGAGCGAGACGAGCAGGGCAGCAAAGUCAAUGAUUUCUUUCAGCAAACCGAGGAUCUUUACAAUGAAAUGAUUUGGCAGAAGAAGAUUAAAAAUAACCCAGGCUUGUUUUGGUUCUCAAAGAACAUAUCGCUGUGGGGGACCAUUUCAUUCAAUUUUGCAGUAUUUAUAAACCUAGCUGUCGCACUUUUUUACCCCUUUGGGGAUGAUGGUGAUGAGGGUACCAUCUCUCCGCUGUUUAAUCUGCUGCUGUGGAUAGUGGUGUUUUUUUCCAUUGGUUUGCUUAUAGUCCUCCCAAAACCUCAUGGAAUAAGACUGUUUAUUGUAUUUGUAAUGUUCCGGUCUAUAUACUCACUUGGUCUCGGGCCAACUCUCAUACUCUUGGGUGCUCUAAAUCUGUGCAAUAAGAUCGUGUUCUUGGUGAGUUUUGUUGGAAAUCGUGGAACGUUCACCCGUGGUUAUAAGGCAGUGGUCUUGGAUGUAGAGUUUUUAUACCAUGUGACCUAUGUGGUGGUCUGCAUGCUUGGCCUCUUUGCUCACGAAUUCUUCUACAGUUUCCUGUUGUUUGACUUGGUCUACAGGGAAGAAACUUUACUCAAUGUCAUAAAGAGUGUCACGAGAAAUGGUCGGUCCAUUAUACUGACAGCAGUGCUGGCCCUGAUCCUUGUCUACCUGUUCUCCAUCGUGGGGUUCCUCUUCCUGCAAGAUGACUUCAUUAUGGAAGUGGACCGACUGGAGAAGAACAAAACACCUCUAACAGCACAGGAAAACCUCUACGGCCCACCCUUGAACAAGGAGGAGGAUGUGUGCCGGGAGAACUGCCCCAUGUUACCUAAUGCAGCAGGAGGCCAAGAGGAUGACACAAGUUCUGAACAGACCUGUGACACUCUGCUCAUGUGCAUUGUUACAGUAUUAAACCAGGGGUUGAGGAAUGGGGGUGGUGUUGGUGAUGUGCUGAGAAAACCAUCAAAGAAUGAGCCGUUGUUUGUCGCACGUGUUAUCUAUGAUCUUCUGUUUUUCUUCAUCGUCAUCAUCAUCGUCCUGAACUUGAUCUUUGGUGUUAUCAUCGACACGUUUGCUGACUUGAGGAGUGAGAAGCAGAAGAAAGAGGAGAUCCUCAAGACCACCUGUUUUAUUUGUGGACUUGAAAGAGACAAGUUCGAUAACAAGACAGUGUCCUUUGAGGAGCACAUCAAGGUCGAACACAAUAUGUGGUACUAUUUAUAUUUCAUAGUCUUAAUCAAAGUCAAGGAUCCGACUGAGUACACUGGACCUGAAAGUUAUGUUGCACAAAUGAUCAUGGAGAAAAACCUGGAUUGGUUCCCACGAAUGCGUGCCAUCUCUUUGGUCAGUAGCGAAGGUGAUAGUGAACAGAACGAAAUCCGAAGUUUGCAGGAUAAGUUGGAGUCAACUAUGAAUCUGGUGAUGCAGCUGUCCAACCAGCUGUCAGAACUGAAGGAACAGAUGACCGAGCAGCGAAAGAACAAGCAACGCCUGGGCUUUCUUGGGCCAAACACGUCUCAGCUGAACCAUCAAGUGGCUGCAGCACAUUGAGGGCCAAAGGAACUUUGAGUUCGGAACAUGAUUCUGCCAGAUUGCAUUGUGGGGGCAAACAAUGUUGCCGUUGAGGCUAACUCUCGAUUAGAAGAAAAGUGCCUGAAAUAACUGGAUUUGAAGCCAUUUGGAAAGUCCAACAUGGCUCCCCUUAAUAUCCAUCGCAGCGACGUUGUCCACAACUUCCAAACGUGGCCUUCCUACUGGUGUAUUCCUGCCAGCUUCCCUGGCAUUCCAAUUGUCUUCAUAAUCCUAAUCCACUUUCCCACACUUCACAUUCAUCAUCAAAACACUCGACGCUGUUGUCUCACUUCUAAUUGCAAGAUAGUGGAAUUAUUUUUUAUUUAUUAAUCCAAAACAGUCAGCCACAUUGCUGUGGGUCUGGAGUCACAUGUAGGCCAGACAGCAGAUUCCCUUCCCUAAAAGAACAUUAGUGAACCGUGAUGGAUUUUCCAGUAGAAUUUUUUUUUGGGCCAUUGUUAUCCUUUUUCUAAUUCCAGGUCUUUGAGUUCUGAUUCAACCAGCUGCCACGUGGAUUUGAACCUGGGUCCCCAGCUUACCAGUCCUGUGAUAAUACCACUAUACCAUUUAUUCAUUUUUGGGAUGCGGGCGUUGCCAGCAUUUCUUUCGCAUUCCCAUUAAGGAAGUGGAGUGGACAUCUUUGCUAAUCCUUUGUGUGGCAGUGGUAGGAUUGCGAAAGAAUGUGAAGGAUUUUGACCCAGUAAUGAUGAAUGAACGGUAAUAUAUGACCAAGCCAUGACAAAUAUGAGAACUUUGGGGGAGGGGAACAUUGAGGUGACCUUGCCCUUAGUUGGUGGUACAGAUCAUGGGUUUUGGCAGUGCUGAUAUAAAAGCUUUGGCAAGAUGAUGCAGUGCAUUCUGUAUGUGGUAGGAAAUAUACUCCUGAUGCAUGGUACUGAAAGAUUAAGCUAAAAGUUGAGGUGCCAUUCAUCCUUGCUCUGUAUUGGAAGGUAUUCAGCUUCUUGAGUGUUGCUGCUCUUACUGUCAUCCAGUCAAGUAGAAAGAAUGCCAUCAUAAACCUUACCCUGUACCUCCUCAGUGAUGCAGUUGGUUUAGGGAGUUGUCAGGUUAUCUGUUUACCAACAAAUUUCCAGCCUCUGACUUGGUGUAGUAGCCAUGGCAUUCAUAUAAUUGGCCAGUUGAAUCUCAGGUUCAUAGUGACUACCCAAAUGUCGAUGGUGGGGGGAUUUGAUGGUAGUGAUGCCAUUGAAUAUCAAGGGGUGAUUGUUAGAUUCUGUCUUAUUGGAGAUGGUCAUUGCAUUGCCCUGGGGUGGUACUAAUGUUAUGUACUGAUUACCCUGCCAAACCUGAGAGCUGCCAGGGUCAUGCUGCAUAUCUAUAUAGGUGUUUCAGUAUCUGAGGGGUUGUAAGUGGUACUGAAUAUUAUGCGAUCAUCAAUAAAAGAGUUCUUAGUGAAUUAAUUGAAAACGGAUGAAUCUAGAGGAACUCCUGCAGCAGUAUUCUACAGCUGACAUGAUUGACCUCCAACUACCAUUACUGUCUUCCUUUGUACCAGGUAUGACCCUAACCAACAGAGAGUUUGUCCCCUGAAUCCCAUUGACUCCAGUUUUGCUGGGGCUCCUUGAUGCCACACUCAGUCAAAUGCAGCCUUUAUGUUAAGGGCUAUCACUAUCAUCUCACUUCUGGAAUUCAGCUAUUUUUUCCAUGUUUGGACCAAGACUGUCUCAAAAUUAGGAGCCAAGUAGUCCUGUCAGAUUCCUUCUAUCAAUAUCUGCCAGAGGAGAAUUACUUUUGAACAUCUGCCAGAGGAGUAUUCCCUGGGUAUUUCACAAAUUUUGGUGGUGUUAGCUUCUUGCUUGCCAUCGAUCUCAUGUACCAUCAUAGGAUCAGUACACACUAUUGUCAUAGUUGUUCUGGUGAGCAGCUUGGAGGGGAACUUGCAGGGUUUGGUGUUCCCGUGUAUCUGUUGCCUUUGUCUUACUAAAUGAAAGUGAUUGUACACCAGCCGUGGAGGGUGAGUGUUGAAGGUGGGGCAUUUGAUAGGAAAUGAAUUAGUCCUGGACGGUGUCAAGCUUCUUGAGUGUUGUUGGCAUUGCACUUAUGCAGACAAAUGGAAAGUUUUUCAUCAGACUCAGUUGUGCCUUAUAGAUUUUAGGGAGUCAGGAGGUGAAUUACUUCCUGCAGAAUUCCUAGCCCCCACCCCGGUCAAAGUGUGAUUUCACAUUGUGUUUGUUGGAAAAGUUGAGUGUAAGCAGCCAUCAAGGUCCCGUAGCCAACUUGUGAACUUCUAGUUCCUCCUCCGUAUGGCGCAUCCUGUAAUUAAUUGUGAGACAACACUGAGUAUUUUGGCCAGAAUGAAUGGAAGCUAUGCACCAGUCACAUGUUGCCAAGUAUUUGAUUCCUGGGGCAAUUGGAACAAAACAAAAUGAGUAAUUUCAACCAAUGUGUGAUUUCACAUGAUGUAUGUUUGAACUGUGGUGGAAAGCCUAUAUUGCGAAAUAAAAUGAUUCAAUUCAAAAGGAGAGGGAGGCAAGUCAAAGCAAUAACAAGGAAUACUUCAUACUCUGGGAUUGAAGAAAGUAUCCAGUUUGGGAUUAUCCAGAACGCUGGGAAUUACACUGCCAAGUUCCCAGCCACACAUCUCGACUAAAGUCACUUUUGUUCUCUUAAAACCAAUUUGAAUGUAUCUAACCUUUUGAAAUUGUUAAACUUGCAAAGGUACUAGAGUUUAAAAAAAAAUUUUAUGCUCUGAACCAAUUGUACUACAAAGGGUGUAUGACAUUUAAAGGUUGAAUUUUGUAUAUUAAUGGUGGCAUUCACUGAGAUAUUUUGCUGCACCAAGAAGCGAAAAUGGUUUGAUUUUCUUUUUUUUAAAUGUGAUAUUUAUAUAGUUUUAAUUUGAAUAUCUUGCAUGAACUGCAAAAUAGUGGCAAGGCAAUGCAAAUCUCCAUUUAAAUCUUAAUUUGUCAGUCUUUCUAACUGGCUUUUAUUUGUAUGCCCUUUUAAAAAGAGGGGAAGUCUCAACUGGUCAUGACUGGAUGAUGUGUUUAUAUCUUAA